AUGCACGAAAUCAACGAAAAGGGCCAUGUUAGGGUCAAGACCGUCUUGAUGGUUUUGACCAUGUCCAUGGCUUCGGCGUCCAUGGGCAUGACGGCCUCAGUGAUCAGCACGACGUUGGGACAACCAUCAUUCAUUGUCAAGAUGGGCCUGGACGGUCCAAACGGCGCCUCUUUGACCGGUGCCGUCACCAGCUUGUACUAUGUCGGUGCGACCUGGGGCGCUUUCGUGCACGGCUGGUUUGCAAAUCGAUAUGGGCGCAAGCCAUCUAUCAUAUUCGCCAUCUGCGUGACUCUUGUUUCGCAGGCACUGCUCACUGGGGCUGCGAAUGUGGCAAUGUUCAUUGUAUUUCGUUUCUUUUUGGGCUGGGGUGGCUUUCAAGCGAUAUGCGGCGUCCCUCUCUGGAUCAGCGAAAUUGUCCCACCGCGGCAUCGUGGCAAACUCUCGGAUAUUCACGCCGUCAUGAUCAAUGUUGGCUAUUCGAUCAUCGGGUUUGUCGGCGUUGGCUUUUACUACUACGACUCACCUAACGCCUGGCGUGCGCCGCUCGGGGUCGCCAUUAUCCCUGAGAUCAUCUUCCUAGCUGGGUGCUGGUGGCUCCCAGAGAGCCCCCGAUAUCUCAUUGCCCGAAACCAGUCUGCGAAGGCGUGGAAGAUCCUGCGUGCCCUUCAUGCGGACCCAAACGACCCGACCGAUGAAUUUGCCAAACGCGAAUUCUACCAGAUUCACGAGCAGAUACAGUUUGAUCGAAGUCAAGAUACCAGCUGGAAAUUGAUAUUGACCCGGCCGUCGUAUCGAAAACGGGCUUUGAUCUCUGCAAUGCUCAGUUUUUCCAUCAUGAGCGCGGGCCUCAUCGUGAUUCAGAACUACGGUGUCACCCUGUAUUCCGAACUGGGCUACACGGGAGUGGAUACUUUGUUACUUCAAUCAGGCUAUACCCUGACGUUGUGCGUUGCCAGCAUGAUCGCCAUGUCUUUCGUCGACAAGGUCUCGCGCCGUAACUUGAUGGGGACAGGCUUCGCACUCCAGUGUAUCUGCCUCAUCAUCUACACUGCCCUCGUCGCCAACUUCCUGACCGGGUCCAACAAGUCGGCCCAGGCGGCCGCCGUGGCGUUCAUCUACCUGUUCGGAUGCAGCUUCGAGCUGUGCCUCGACGGGCCCGAGUUUUUCUACAUCCAGGAAAUCUGGCCGAGCCACCUCCGCGCACAGGGCGGCGCCAUCGCCUUCAUGGUCUACAACGCCAUCAACAUCUGCUGGCUGCAGGCCGCGCCCACGGCAUUCGAGAGCAUCGGCUGGAAAUUCUUCCUCGUCUUUAUCAUCUUCGCGGCCCUCGGCUCCAUCACCGUCUUUGUUUUCUUCCCCGACACGCUGCACAAGCCCAUGGAGGAAAUCGCAGACAUGUUUGGCGACCCGGACUUGGUUGUCGUGCAUCAAAAUGCCAUCACGAGCGAACUGGUGGAGGCGAGGUUCUUGGAAAUGCUGGGCAAUGGAACGGAUGAUCCGCACACAACGUCUAUUUCAGUGCAGGAGACCAAGGGCAGCGGCGAUGGGCCAGCAGUGCACUCUGAGAAGGUCUCUGUGUAG